AUGGAGUCUAUCUCGCGCAUUUCCUCGAUGCUAGAAACAGCUCGGGAACUCACUAUCGAAGCAGCUCAAAGCGCCACCAAUGCCAGGGGCGCGUUCAGGUCGACCUCGCACCGUCCUGCUACGUUCUCGCAGAUCAAGAAGCUCCUCGACAGCAGGAGUGAUAGGGACAUAUUAGACGGCCUUCGAAAAGUCAUAUCAUUAAUGUACAGGGCCGAAUCGUGUCUCCCCUUCUUCUCAUCGGUUGUGAAGAACGUUGCAAAUCCAAACAUCGAGGUUAAGAAACUGGUCUAUAUAUACCUGCUCCACCAUGCCGAGGCCGAACCUGACCUUGCGCUCCUUUCAAUCAACGCCAUUCAAAAGUCCCUGACCGAUCAGAACCCCCAAGUGCGCGCCAUGGCUUUGCGGACAAUGUCCGGAAUCAGGGUUCCCGUGAUUAGCCAGAUUGUCUCGUUGGCCAUUAAACGCGGGUGUGGAGAUAUGAGUCCCCAUGUUCGCAAAGCUGCCGCCCUAGCCAUCCCGAAAUGCUACAGUUUAGACCCGUCUACGUUACCUCAGCUUUUGGAAUGCCUUUCUACGCUCCUAGGGGACAGCCAGUAUUUUGUUGCGGGGCCUGCGGUGUCGACGUUUCUUGAAGUAUGUCCCGAUCGGAUCGACCUAAUCCAUAAACAUUAUCGGAGCCUGGUUAGGAAGCUAGUGGAUAUGGAUGAAUGGGGUCAACUUGCAACCCUACGAUUAAUGGUGAUAUAUGCCAGGAAAUGCUUUCCCAGGAGAACAGAAAGAAUACGGAUUACCACUUCAAAGGAAUUUUAUGAUGAUGAUGAUGAUGAUGAGGAAGGCAGUAGAGAAGCUCAGGAGUAUGGCGAAGACAUCCUGAUAAUCGACCCGGAUCUCGAUCUCCUUCUCAAAACGUGUAAGGCUUUACUACAGAGCCGGAAUGCUGCUGUAAUAGUGAGCGUCGUCUGCCUCUUUCUCUAUGUUGGAACGCCUGCGCAUCUAGAAGCCGGAGUUGGACCACUGGUCGCCCUUCUACGUAGCCCGCAGGGUAUUCAACAUGUCGCGCUCUAUAAUAUCAUCUGUGUGGCGCUCGUUAACCCGAAACCCUUCGUGAAAUACACUUCUCAUUUCCUAAUACGGUCAUCCGAUGUUCCGCAAAUAUGGAGGUUAAAAUUGGAAAUCCUGACUAUCCUCUUCCCCCACUGCGGGAUGCAUUUUAAAGGCAUCAUUCUUAGUGAACUAGAGCACUUUUCAUCAAAUGAAUCGCAGCCUGACCUCGUUCGUGAAAGCGUACGGGCAAUUGGUAGAUGUUCUCAGAGUGACGCUUCCACUGCAGCACGAUGUCUUCGCAUUCUCCUGAGUCAAAUAUCCAGCGCAGAUGAUAACCUUGUCUCAGAAGCUCUAACUGUCAUUAGGCAUCUUAUCCAACAGGAUCCAGCAUCUCACAAAAAGACAGUUGUUAUGUUAGCUAAGCACCUAGACACGACAACCAGCCCCGAUGCAAGGGCCAGUAUAAUAUGGCUGGUGGGCGAGUUUGCCGGAGUCGAUGUGGGCAACAACAUUGCCCCAGAUGUCCUACGAAUUUUGGCAAAGGGCUUUGCAGACGAAUCCGAGGCUGCAAAGCAACAAAUCGUCCUCCUAGGCGCGAAGGUCUAUCUUCACCACCUCCUCCAUAAAACCCAAAACACCGAACGCACGCAGGGCCGGCAGAUAAUAUGGAUGCAACGACGCUAG